UGCUUUGAAUCUGCCGGCAAGUCGACCACCCUCACAUGAAAACGUGAUCCGUGUGGACGAUCUCUUUGGCUCAGCUACCCAGCCCGCCUGCUUAGGUACUGCUGCACAACCAUCCACAAGGCAAGGGGCAGUCAUAAAUAUCAGAUGCUGGUGCUGUUCCGCCCGUCACACGACUUCCUUACGUUCCUCCUACUCGGUUUCAGUAAAUACCUGUUCGGAUAUCGGAUGUACCGCGUAUAGUUCCCACUCAGCUGCGAUCUUCACCUACCUAAACAUAGAGCCGCCCAGGAAAUCUCUUUGUCGUAUUAUCCGAACAGCAGUCUUGGCGAUCCAGCUACACAUACCGAUACAGAUACAGAUACGGAAACAGAUAUCUACGACGAUAAAUAGAUAUCUCGAGGAAAAUCCCCACCAGAUCUGAUUUUGCCAUUGAGAGCCAUUUUUUGUUCGGCCUACUUCGUCCCCAGCAGCAGCCGCCCUAUGAGAUUGUGGGGAAAAACGUUGUUCAACGGAGCCCCACCGUGCCAUUGAUCGGCCUGCCGCAGGAAUUCCCAUUCACAGCAUCGACCGCGCAUACACCUGCGCUCGCAGGAGGAAAGAGCUUGGGAUGAUGUUGACACCGUCCCCGGUCGUCUCCUCUGUCAAUGCCUCCCCGAGAAGCAGCUUUCCCAACAUUGGAAGCCACUAUGUUCCCGCCUCCUCGCCCAGACAGUCUUCUCCCCGGGUCCAGACUGUUGCCAAGUCUCGCCGACAAUCGCAAUCACCAUUGUCAUCCGCCGUCGCUUCUGCUGCUGCCCCAAUAGCUGGGCCCUCGACCUCAACCACGACCACUACCGCUACCACUACCACCUCGACGACAAUAGCGUCCGCGAUCCCCCCCUCGAAACACUAUGUAGCCGUCGACGCUGCAACCCAGUAUUCACCUAUGGAACGUAUCAAUUAUGCUACAGGGGAACCAUUAUCUCAUACCAAACCCGAAGGAGCCCAACCACACCAAACCCCGCCGACCACGCAGUCACGAGCCAUGGCUGCUCCCGGCGACCACUACGCUGCCCAAGCGGCACCAGCAGCGGCGGUGACACCGGACCCGACCAAGAAGCCCGUCCCGCCGGCCGUUGCGAAGCAGCAGCACCAGCAUACCGAGGCCGUAGCCGCCUCACCCUCAAAACGGCGAAACUCCCAGGGGCCAGGGAGCAGAGGCGCAUCGCCAUCACGAAAUGCGGGACAAAACCCCUCACCCUCUAGCAAGCGCGCAAGGCCAGAACAGUUGCCGUCGAAAGAACUGCCACGAAAAUAUGAAUUUUGCCUCACCGAAGAUAUGGUUGUUUUGAUAGCGCAUAUGCUUGGAGAGCUUAUUGAAACCAACGAUGUGCUUGCUCUGAAGUCAGGCAAUCUUACACGAUUUCACUCACGUACGGCGCCUGGCAUCUCAGUUUUGGAUUACCUUCACCGCCUAGCGAGACAUGCUACUCUCAGCCCACCACUUCUACUCUCCAUGGUUUAUUAUAUCGACCGACUAUGUGCCUGCUACCCCGAAUUCACCAUCAACACGCUGACCGUGCAUCGGUUCCUCAUCACGGCUGCCACGGUAGCAGCAAAGGGCCUCUCAGACGCCUUCUGGAACAAUUCGACCUACGCUAAAGUCGGGGGAAUAAAAGUCAACGAGCUGAAACUGCUCGAGCUCGAAUUCCUGUACAGGGUGGACUGGAAAAUUGUCCCCAACCCAGACAUACUUGUGUCGUACUACAAGGGACUUGUGGAGCGGUGUCCAGGAUACGUGCUUGAACGAGAAGAGAUUCCACUCGAAGACGACGGCGAAGACGAGGGAGAGGACGAUGACAGCGAUGUACUCGACGACGAGGACGAUGACGACGAGGGUGGUGAUAAUGAUGGGGGCCGCAAUGAGGAGACAAGGAGCCAGUGCGUGCAAUCACCACGAUUCAAACAAUCGGAAGAAGGGCGUUCACCUUUGAGAUAUCGCUAG